CCAAUGAUAAAGCCGUAUCCUCAUGGUCUCUGUAUAUAUUUGUAUCUUGGCCUCUCUGUCCUCCGUGUCCCUCAGGAGAGAGCAGCCGAUGACAGUAAAGAGGUGGAGGGUUUCCAGCAGCUUCUUUUGGCCAGAACACAGGAGUUCAUUGAGGAGAUCCUGUCCCCUCCUUUCGGAGGAAUGAUUGCCUUUGUGAAGGAGAGCGAGGCUUUGAUGGAGAAGGGACAGCUGGACAGGCUGAAGAAUGAUGAAGCCCGCAUCACCCAGCUGAUCAGGGGCUUCUCCAGCACCUGGAAGCAGUCUGUGGAAGCUCUCAGCCAGGACGUCAUGAGGUCCUUCAACAACUUCAAGAACGGCACCAGCAUCAUACAGGGGGCGCUGACUCAGCUUAUCCAGUACUAUCAUGGUUUCCACAAGGUCCUCUCGCAGCCCACUUUCCGCAGCCUGGCCGUUCGCUCAGAGCUCAUUAAUCUUCACCACCUCAUGGUCGAGGUCAAGAAGCACAAGCCCAACUUCUGAAUAGCAUUUUACUGGGGUGAAGCAGGUUAAAUAGAUUAAUGGAAAAGUGAAUACGUGUAUAUUAGUAUCCGUGGGAGAACCAGCAAUCCACAUCUGUAAUCCGCAAAUGGACUUUACCAGUGUGGAUCUCCAUUUCUCACCUAUGCAUCGUCAUGUUCUGUGUAUUUACUGUCCAUAAGAAAAAUCAUACAGUUCAUGGUGCACAGGAAUUAAAUGUCAUUCCAAGAAGGAAUGACAUUGUUUGAAUUGUGUGUGAUUUAGAAGGAACGGAGGAGUAUGAGAUGAGAUCAGGAGGAAAACUGGAAUGUUUUGUAUUUGUGGAUAUAAUUGGUAAUUUACUCACAAAAAGUAUGUAUUUUACUGUGCUUUAAUUGUGUUUUGAAAGAAAGUAGGGGAUGCCAUUGGUCAGCUGUUGCAUGGUCAUACAGUACUUGCACAUGUGCUGAGAGUUUUCCUGGAGCUGUGUUUCAUGGGGGUGUGGUGGUUAAAUUUCAGUGUGUCAUUGAAACAAUACAUAAUAAAGGCACUGAGGUGGGUUGGUGCCCCAUCUUGGGUUAUUACCUGCCAAGCGCCCUUGGCUUACAGGAUAGAUUCUGGACCCCCAGUAUGCAGGAUGGAUGGAUGGAUGGAUGGAUAAUAAAGACAUUCCAUUUA